CGGGAGAGCCUCGUGUGCUCUGAGAAAAACUAUAAAGCAUACAAAUCUUCUUCCCGAGAGAGAAUGCGGGAAAUUGAUUUUCCACAGUCCCAAACACAACAUAGAAAAUCACUCUCUUUCCCGGGAAACUGAAAAACACAAUACGUAAUCUGAUUGUUUGUUGUCCUCUCGCUAAUCUUCAGAGGAUUCCAGAGGAAAGGAAGUAUCCAAGAUCAACGUGCAGAGGGCACAUUUCGAUCGUGUCUUGCACUGUUAACGUUCGCUCUGAUCUCUGGGGGUUUUGCAAAACCCUAAUUUGCCGUCCUGGGAUAUCCCUUGUUAUGGUUCUCACCUCCGGUGGAUGCCCCAAUUUCUAGGGUUUUCAGUUUUCCUGGUUGAGCCGAAUUCGAUCUGGAUGGGUGCCCUAGCGAGUAACCGCAAGCGUGGCGACGAAUGCUUGAGCUUGAAUCACCAGACAACGAGCCCGUUUCCUUACUUCCACGCCUCGAAGAAACGAAGAUUCUCCUUUGGUAUACAGCCAAAUUCGGACAAGCCGGUUUCUUCUUCGAACGCAACAGUCUCGAGAAUGUCCAAAUACCCUGACGCGAAAGCCCCCUUUAGGCGAGAAGUUCACGCCCCUAGCAGGGGAUUUCUCCGAUUCGGCUUGUUGGGCCGUUCUUCAAUACAAGAAAGAAAGGCCAAAUCUAAUGAUUUCUACAAAAAAGACGAGAUUGAUCGUGAAAUGAGCAGUUUUUUCGGCCGCAAGCAUGAUAUCGUGAAGAGAUCCGCACUGGAUGUGUUGAGGUACCAUAAAAACGACAAGGAGGUGGUUGAUUUGGACGAUGAGCCUGAAAAGGAAGCGAUUUCGGAAGAUUCGAGCAUCCAAGUACUUGAAGAGGGUAGGGAAAAAUUGAUGGAGGAGAAGAAUGUUCAGCCUUCUUCUUCUUCCGGUGUUGCUGAUGUUAACAAAGGGAACAACUUGAGAAUAGAUUAUGCUGGCAAGAUGUUGGAUUCAAUUUCCUUGAAUAGAGAAGCUGAUGAUUCUUCGAGCCUUGAAGCCUACAAAAAGCUUCUUGAGAUUGUUGAACGUCGUAAUUCUAAGUUGGAAACGCUGAAUUUCGAGAUUGUGUUCAAUGAAAAACGGUUGUCACAGCUACGUGAGUCACGCCCUCUAAAAAAGCCGAUGAAAAAGGCUGUUGAGAUUCCUCGUGAACCUUUUAUACCUCUCACUGAUGAGGAAGAAUCUGAAGUCCAACGCGCUUUCUCUGCAAGAAAUCGAAGGAAGGUCUUGGUUACUCAUAAAAACUCCAACAUUGACAUUUCUGGAGAAGUUCUACAGUGCCUUACACCGUCGUCAUGGUUGAACGAUGAGGUCAUCAACGUCUAUCUUGAAUUGUUGAAGGAAAGAGAGAGGAGGGAGCCUCAAAAGUUUUUGAAAUGUCAUUUCUUCAAUACAUUUUUCUACAAGAAGCUAGUAAGCGAUGCUGGUUAUAGUUACAAAGCUGUUAGGAGAUGGACCACACAGAGAAAGUUGGGAUAUUGUCUUUUGGAUUGUGACAAGAUAUUUGUUCCCAUCCAUCGGGGUGUGCAUUGGACCUUGGCGGUUAUUAACAACCGAGACCGCAAGUUUCAGUAUCUUGACUCACUAAAUGGAUCUGACCCAAUAAUUUUGAAUGGUCUGGCAAAAUACUUGGUGGAUGAAGGGAAGGACAAGAGCGGGAAAGAGAUUGACAUUAGUUCGUGGGAAACGGAAUUUGUUGAAGACCUUCCUCAGCAGCACAAUGGAUACGACUGUGGGAUGUUCAUGCUCAAAUACAUCGACUUCUACAGUAGAGGCCUUGGGCUGCAUUUCCGCCAGGAGCACAUGCCGUACUUCCGGAUGAGAACCGCAAAGGAGAUUCUGAGACUGCGAGCCCACUGACGCUCUCCUUUCCUUUUCUUUUUAAAAUCUUUUGAUCGAGCUGUGGGGACAUUGGGUUUUGUCCUUUUGUCAGAGAAAUUCAUUAAUGCCUUCUUUCUUGGAUGUCCUCA